AUGGACUCCCCCAAUAUUUCUGAGCUUAACCUGCAGGAUGGUUCCCAUCUACUCUCAGAGACCUCGCUAGUUCCUAACUCAAUAUCCAGCUCAUCUCGAACAGAAUCAGGCAGAGAUGAUCUUCUUCUCUCUGACUUGUCGCUCUCAGAUCAUUCUGCCACUCGCCCACCACGUAAACCGAAAUUCAGCCUACUGGCGAGACCACCCCAUGAUGAGAGCGCACUAGAUACUGAGGAGGAUGAGAACGGUGCUGCUGAGCAGACGAUGACUCAGGAGGAUGUUGAGAAUGCAAGAAAGGUGGCGGAGAAGACGCGGGAGGAGAGGCUGCAACAUGACUUGUUCAUCCUGAGGAAACUCAACUCUGCUUUCGAGGUGUACAAGGAAGCGUUGAUAGAAACAAAGUCAAGCACCGAGCGCGUCGCAGCCCAGAUAGCCAAUACCAAUGCAUUACUCGACAGAUAUGUCAAGAUCCUCUCAAGAUCAGAAGGUGUAGCCCGGUUGAUUCUGGACGAACGCUGGCAAGGAGCCGGUGCGGAUGAGGAGGCUAUCGAGCAAGAACGUCUGGAGACCAUCGAACGUCUACGUCGUGAAGAAGAAGAACGCGUACUGGCUGCCCAACGAGAGCACGAACGGCUGGAACGAGAAGCAGAAGAACGUCAGAAACGUGAGGAGCGCGAACGGCUUGAGAGAGAACAAGCAGAACUGGCUCGGAAAGCUCCAAGGGGCAGUGGGGUGAGGGGGGUCAGAGGUACGAGAGCGUCGAUGAGAGGAAUGAGGGCAGCCUCCCGUGCCGGUACCACGAGCACCCGAGGCACGCGAAUCAUUCGAGGGUCUUCGAUUGGCCGUCCGAGCUCUUCCACUAUGACGCGGUCGGCCGGAUCGACCAGUGGUGUCUCUCGAAGAAUUUGA